AUGAUGCGAGGAACAGGGAAGAAGAAGAUUGAAAUCAAGAAAAUAGAGAAAGAGUCAUCACGAAUGGUGACAUUCUCUAAGAGACGCAGUGGUCUGGUCAAGAAAGCUGUGGAACUAGAAGACAAGACGGGAGCCCGUGUGGCCUUGGUGGUUUUCUCCCCCAGAGAUCACGUCUACACUUACGGCGACAUUCCCGCCAUGUCCGAUCUUGUCGAGAGGAUCACCAACAACACCGGCAUCGUUCCUUACGACGCCGGCCAAAUGCAGGACAACGGUACCGUCGACAAUUCCACUUCGGGUUCGGGUUCGGGUUCAAAUUACAAAAACCUAAUUCACUGGGUCGAUAGUAUCGACAUUGAAGAAUGUAACAAUUUGGAAGAAACCUUGAAGUUGAAGCAAAUUUUGGAAGUCCUUCUGCAAGACUGA